GGUACGUCCUGCUGGGAGGAAAAGAACCUUAUCAACAAAUGUCACCCCAGCAUAGGACACUGGGGAGCUGACCACCCGCUGCGGGCCAAGGGCCGCUCCAGUCCUGGGUAGGCCUUGGGAGGACCCCAUCCACAGCGCCCUCAGUUAAGGCCGCGGAUGGGAUAAGGAGGGUCACAUCACGUCCCCAGCCAACCUGAGGGGCGGCUAGGUUCGUCCAGACGAAGGUGGAAUUUAGAUCCAGACUUGGCUCUGUCCUUUCCUGGCAGGAUGACCUUGGGCCAGUCACUUUUUCUCUGUGUCCCCUGGAAAUGGGGCUCCUCAUUCCAUUUCCCUCUCAGAGCGUCUGAGGACGACGUGUCGACAUAAUGGAAGCGAAAUGCGCGGUGACCGACCAGCGAGCGGUCUCUGUCAUGCUAAUAAGGCCCCUCGGCGCGUUCCUAUCCUCCGGCUUUCACUCUGGUUAAGCGGUUCCUGCCACUACCGAGGUUUCUCGCCUCGUCGCCGCUGCCUCUCCGCCCCUGGGGGCAGGGCUCGGAGGACCGCUGGUUCCGGAGCCGUUACCAUUGUUCUUCGAGGCUGGGCCGCAGGGGAGGGCUCUCGUAGGCCAGACCUUGCCUCUGGUCUCUCCCUCCGCCCCGCACCCCCACCUCUGCGAGCCGGAGAAGCCCCUUUGCCGAUCUUUCCCGAGAAAGCGAGUUACCCCCGCACGCUCCCGAACAGCGGCCGAAGACGCACCCGAGCAUCUCCGAAGAAUCCCGACCGCUCGCAGUCUCCGGAAAGAGCCGAAGGGGCUUCCCACCCUCGGCCUCCCGAGCCGUUCCGAAAAGGUCCGAAGUUUCCCGAGCGGCCGUCCUGCCGGACUGCUGGAGGCGGCCGCAGCGCCAUGUUGGAUGCUCUGCUCGUUGAGUGAAGAAAAUCCGCCCGCAUCGCCUGAGCCCCGCUACCGAGAAGGGCGCCGCUUCCCCCGGGGAGGGGGAUAAAGACCCCCCGCCGCCGGCCCAUGAGGAUAUUGCCGUGAAAGGCUCAGCGGCUGCAGCAGGAACCGGACCCGGCACCGGAGCGGCGGCGGCGGCGGCAGCAGCGGUACCGCCUCCUCACCCGGCGGCGGCAGCGGCGGCGGCGGCGGCAGCGGCCCCUCCUCACCCGAACAUCAGGGCCCUCCAGACCCAGGCGCCC